AUGGAUAGAGAAGAUAAGUAUACUGAGUCCGAGACCGAUGUACUCAUCAUUGGCGCCGGUCCAUCCGGCUUGAUGGCAGCCUACUGGAUGGCUCGCUAUGGAGUCAGCGCACGUAUUAUUGACAAGCGUGACACGAAGAUCUUCAUAGGGCACGCAGAUGGGCUUCGUGCACGAACGCUGGAGUUGUUUGACAGCAUGGGUAUCCAACACCGUGUUAUACAGGAGGGAGCUAUCAGCACCGCGGCAAACAUUUGGGUUCCAGGUCCACAGGACAAGCUUGUCCGACAGGCUCACAUUAAUAUCUCUAGGGUCGAUGAGUCACCAUUCUCCAAUACAUGCUUGACCCAGGGACGUAUUGAGCGGUUCAUUCUCGAUAGUAUUCGGGAGCACUCUGAUCUUGACGUGGAAUAUGGCGUGAUUGCUGAAUCUUUGGAAUAUGACCAGGAAUUGAGGAAUGAUCCAAACUCAUAUCCUAUCACAGUCAAGGUCCGAGUUCUUGGUGAAGAGGAUUCGAAAGUCGAAGCUAGGUCUGAAGCUGCUGGCAACAAGGUAAACCGCAAUAACUUGCUUCCUGAUGACUGGGCCGAUCUCGCCCAACGCAAAAAACCACAGAAGACCAAGGUUGAGACUAUUAAAGCCAAGUAUAUGAUCGGGUGUGAUGGUGCCCACAGCUGGACAAGAAAACAGCUAAGCAUCCCCGUGGAGGGAUCUAACACGGACCAUGUAUGGGGCGUGAUAGACGUGAUACCCCUCAGCGACUUCCCUGACGUCCGCCGCCUAAGCAUCGUGACCAACGCCGCAGGCACAAUCCUCGUAAUCCCACGCGAACGCAGCUUAGUCCGCUUCUACGUCCCCGUUCAAACUUGCGAAGCGGGCACAACCGACCGGUUCGACCGCUCAAAAAUCACGCCGGAUCUAAUCCGAGAGCGUCUGCAAGCCAUCUUCGCCCCCUUCACCUUUGACUUCAAGGAAUACAGCUGGUGGACCGUCUACCAAGUCGGACAGCGGAUCUCCGCACAAUCCACCAAGGAUAACCGGGUUUUCCUUUCUGGUGAUGCGGUACACACGCACUCGCCUAAGAUGGGGCUUGGGAUGAAUAUGAGUUUGCAGGAUGGGUUCAAUGUUGGGUGGAAGAUUGCUCUUUCUGUGGCGGGUACUCUCAAGCCUGAGGUCCUUGAGACUUAUGCUUCGGAAAGACACCCGCUUGCGGAAAUGUUGCUUGAAUUGGAUCGCAAUUGGUCGCCUAUGUUUAAUGAUCGGAAGCCUGAAGUAGUGGAUACGAAAGCUUCAGACAUGGCCCUUAUUGCAGAGAAGUUUGAGGACUUUGCGGAUGGAUGGAAGGUGUUUUACCCUCCGAGCAGUCUUGUUUGGAAGGCUGAAGACAAUGCUGAAUUCGCUUUUGCACGGUAUAUUAUUCCCGGGGAGAGAGUCCGGCCGGUAAAGCUUCGCAAUCAGGCUGAGGGAACUACACUAUGGACAACAAGGUCGUUGGAAAGCGAUGGACGCUUCCGCAUUCUGGUUUUAGCUGGGGAUAUACGGCACCCAAUACAGAAGCAACGCAUUGAGACAUUGACCCAGGCUCUGGCUGGACAGUCUGAAUCGAAUACUUCACCACUCGAUCGCUACUUGGAGGUCCCUGGUCGAUUCAAUAGUCCUAUUGAUAUUCUCACCGUCCAUACUACGCCGUGGAAAGAGAUAGAAUUCUUUGAUUUCCCAGAGAUUCUGCGUCCGUUCGAUCCGGUGAAAGGAUGGGCAUAUGAUAAGAUUUGGUGUGACGAUCACUGCAUAUUCGAUCGAUAUUGUGAUGGAACAGCAUAUGAGAAGUGGGGAGUUGAUCGGGUUCUUGGAGCGCUGGUGGUCGUGCGCCCCGAUCAAUAUAUCGGAUGGGUGGGCGAACUAGGUGAUUUGGAGGGAUUGACGCAUUACUUGGAUGGAAUUCUUGUGAAGAAGCCACCGACAGACGAGAUUGACUCAUUCCUCUAG